CUCAGUGUAAUGGCUGCUUCUUCUCUUCUACUUAGUUUGUUGAUUGCUGAAGCUGGCUUUAACUAUGUGGUGGGGAUUUUCCUACGGCUUACUGGCACGGUCGCAUGGGUUGGAUGUAGUUCCAACAUACUAACUGUUAGGCAGGCCACUCAGCUGAACAUACAACAUGAGACCUUGUUUGGCCAUCUCUGUGGGUCAGUUAUCCUUCAAUAUUUCCAGCACCGAGCAGGCAUAAUGAGGGGUCAAAGGUGACAGGUGCAGCCGGGUGUUAACAGGGGAGCCUGCUUCAUUAGCCUCACACAGGUCCCAGACAGAGGAAAGGCACAAGAGAGAGAUCACCAUGCCUGCACUGCAGAGGAGGAAGACCAUUGGCUUGUGCUUAAAUGAAAAGAAAAAAAGGAAACUCAGCUUUCACAUAUUUGAGGAACUCUGCAGGAGCCAUGGAUAUGAUGUCAUUGAUAUUGACCUCACCCAACCAAUCAGUAGCCAGGGGACAUUUGAUUUGAUUAUCCACAAAAUAUCAGAUCUCCUUGUUGAAGCUGGUCAGGAUUUGGCUUCCCAUCACCUUGUCCAGAGGCUACAGGUAUAUCUGGACACACAUCCCUAUACUGUUCUUCUAGACCCACUUCCCGCUCUGCACAUAUUGUUGGACAGAUUUCAAUCAUACAGGCUCCUGCACAAGCUGGAGUCCUACAGUCAAGGGUCCAGUGGCAUCUUUUCUCCUCCAUGUGUAGAACUGGUUACCAAGAACUGUGACAUAGUAGCACUGGUCAGGACUCAUCUCACAUUUCCUAUAAUUUGUAAAACCCGAGUGGCUCAUGGCCCCCGCUCCCACCAGAUGUCCUUGAUAUUUAAUGAAGGUGGAUUAAGUGAAGUGACACCCCCUUGUGUCCUGCAAAGCUUCAUCAACCACAGUGCCACCCUAUACAAAGUUUUUAUUGUGGGAUCACAACAUUUUGUUGUGCAAAGGCCCUCUCUGCGCAAUUUUCCUCUUGGGCCAACAGAUCAAAGCACAAUCUUCUUUGAUAGUCAUCAGGUAUCCAAAGCUGAGUCAUGCUCCUACCUAUCAGAGCCAUUUCCAAGCACAGAGGUUGUGCCACCUUUGGAUUCAGUGGUAAAUCAAGUGGUUCAGGGGCUGCAGGAGGCAUUAGGAAUGUCCCUGUUCGGUGUGGAUUUAAUUGUAGACAUGCAGACUGGACGUGUCGCAGUUAUUGAUGUUAAUGCAUUCCCAGGCUAUGAUGGUGUCCCGGGAUUUUGCUCUGCUCUAUUUUCACACAUUAGCAAGAUUCUAAAUAUCACCGACAAAUCUGCAGCUACUCCCUCUGAAUCCAGUGAGGCCCACCAACCUUCAGAGCACCCUGGUCAGCAGUCACUUGGCUCUUUGUGUGGGACACGAUUAUCUGACCAGUGGCCUAGGCCCAUGCAGACACCAUCACCAGAAAUAUACAAGAAAGACAUUAAUUGCAGCCCUUUUAUAAACCUGCAUGCGCGAGCCAUAUCUACAGACUGGUGAUAACCUAGGACUUGUCUGGAUGCGUAGAAAGGAUAUGCUUCAUACUGGCACAGCUAUACUAUGAAACUAUAGCCUUUUUGAAACAAUUAAUACACACAUGGAUCAAGACUCAAAAAAAAGAAAUAACUAACUUUACAGAGAAUAUAUAAAUCUUCAUAUAUUAGAUAUAUAUAUCUUUAUCUAGGAAGCAACCAUUCAUACAGUAUAUACAAUGAAUACAAAUCUUAAUUUCUAAUUUGGGAUUCUUAGGUUCCUACCAUAUAAAGCACAAACAAAAGCAAAAA